AGAUCUUUGUUAUCUGUCAGGCUGUAUGCUAUUGUAAAGUGUAUAUACAGUUCAUUUCUGAAACAAAGUUUUAAAACGGUUAAAAACAUCUUGAAUGCCCUUUUUUGUUUUAUUUCCUCUACAGUUCAGAUGAUGCUGAAAGAUGUUCUUUAAAUUCUGGGAGGACAAAGGUCUGAUAUCGUCAAUUCCACGGGAAUGAUGGCACAAAGUAUUAGAGCCUACAAAUGUUGGAUUUAGUGCUUCGUACUAUUUAUCUCAACAGAGUUUGAUCAGCAUAAUGUUCACUCAGUGUUUUGUGUUGCGUCUAAUAAAGUUAAGCCAAUAUUUUUGCUUACAGCUCAAAGGCUGCACUUAAGUCAAAAUCACACUUUUUUUUUUUUUAAAUCCAUCUUCAAAUUACCAAAACUUGCUUUUGAAUGGUACAAGGGUAUUUAUAACCUAAAGUUCAUUAACAUUUACAGCUCUGUGAAAAAUUAAUUGCUCCCUUCUGUACUUUCACAUUUGUCAUGUUUCAGAUCAUCAAUUGUUCUUUUAUAUUAGACAAAGAUGACCUGAGUUAAUAUAAAAUGUUUAAGGGAAAAAAAGCCAUCCAAAGCUACCUAGUCCUAUGUUUUUUAAAAAGUAAUUGAACGGCCUGUUUAAGGUCAUGCCAAAGCAUCUCAAUCAGAUUUAACUCUGUACUUGGACUAGGCCAAUCCAAGACCUUUUUGUUUUUCCAGAGCCAUUUUGGGGUUGACCUGGUCGUAUGUGUCAGAUCAUUAUCUUGCUGCACACUCCAAGAACGCUUGAACUGAAAAACUGACUCUCAUUCAAGGUUUUCUGGUAGAGAACAGAAUUCCUGAUUCCAUCAAGUCGUCCCCUUUCUGAAGCAGCCUAGACCAUCACACUCCCACCACUGUCUGACUGUUGGUAUAAUAUUUUUUAUGAAAUGCUGUUUUGAUCCAGAUAUAAAAGGACUCAAACCUUCCAAAAAAAAGUUAAACUUUUGUCAGUUAACAGAAUAUUUUGCUCCUUCCUUAAAGUCUUGUGGAUAAUCAUCUCGUCUCCUGGUAAGUGUGAGACGAGCCUUUGCGUUCUUUUUGAUCAGCAGUGGUUUUAUCCUUGGAAUUCUCCUAUACAUAUUUCUUAUUGUUGAAUUAUGAAUUUAGAUUUUAACUUAGGCAAGUGAGGCCUGCAGUUCUUUAGAAGUUGUUCUGGUUCUUUUGUGACCUCCUGGAUGAGCCUCUUGGAUCAAUUUUGGUCGCCUGGCCCAUCCUGGGAAAGUUCACCGCUGUUGAAGUUUUCCUUAUUUGUGGAUAACGGCACUCACUGUAUUUGCUGGAGUCCCAAAGCCUUAGAAAUGGCUUUCCAGACUGAUGGAUGUCAGUCUUCUCAGCAGCUUCUUUAGAUCAUGGUGUGAUGCGUUCCUUUUUGAGAUCAUUUAGCCUUUUUCAGUUUGACAGACAUCUUCUAGUCAGCAAAUGUUUCUGAUCAAACAGGUGGUCUGGUAAAAUUGAAACCGCCCCAAGAAAACCUGUGGUUAAUGCAGGCGGAUUCAUAAUUCAACAAAGGGGGACAACAACUUUUUAGGUAGGUUUGGAUAACUUUUUCCCUUUAAUAAAUUACAUCAUUAUUUAAAAAGUUCAUUAUCUUUGUUUUAUGGUCUGAAACACUGAAGUAUGACAAGUAUGCUAAGAAAUUAGGACGGGGGUAAACACUUGCUUUUAUUAUAAUCACCUGUACAAACAAGAUGAACAAGUCAUUUCUAAGAAGUGAAAGAUGUUGGGAGAAUAUUUAAUUCCUAUUAUUUGCUGUAUUUGCACUGGUUUGAUUUCAUUUUUUUUGUGUGAGAACCUCUCACUUGCCUAGGAUCUAUGUAGGUUUCUCUCCUCUGCUCUCUGUUUGACCAUGCGUGUUUUUGUAAGCACUUUCUCCUCAACAUACAAAUGGAGCUGCAGUCAAACAAGAGGUGAAACAAGGAACAAAAGAUCAAUUUUAGCAAGUGAGACAUACUCAUCUAAGUCAUACGCAUCAUUUUUCUUGCAUAUAUUUGGGGAAAUAGUAUGUUGAUAAGAAUUGUUAUCAUUUUAUGGUAUCCUAGAUUCAAAGAUGUUCUAAUUUUACUCUUUUUAGAGGAUGGAUCAGGUCGGGUAUGGGAGUUGUAGGUAGCAGAUGUCAUAUAAAUCUUCCAGCAGUCAGUCUGGUGUCUUCUGUCUCUUCCUGACAGGAGUCCAGUUUCAAAUGGAGGACUUAAUCAACACACUCGAUUAAUAAUGCAACAUUUUGGCUGUGCCCAUUGCUUAAAUCCCUUCUGCGUUUCACAGCCCUCAUUUCACACCUCCUUUUUCCCCUUUACCAGUGUCCUUAAUUACGGUGCUUUCAGACCAGGUGUAGAGUUGCAGGCUGACACUGAAGUGAAGAGUCGGCAGCUUGUUUGAGCACAGCGGCACCGAAGAAGGAUCGAAGAUAAAAUCCUAAGGAGGUUUAAUACUUCUUCAGCAGAGACAGGCAUUAUAGUGUUAACAGUUAUGAAGAUUGUUCUCUGGCCUGUUCUCUCAGCAAAGCUAAAAACUUUCUCUACAUCAACAAAAAGGAUUUAACAAAAACUUUUCUGAGGGGGUUUCCUGCUUACAUUUCAGAACAUUUACAAUGUGGUCAGCACCAGCUAUUUGCAUUGUGUGCAUCUUAUUUGCAUCAACAGGAAUCAUAUGUGAUGUCGAGCAAACGAGUUUGCAACCCAAAUUAAUGCAAAGAACCACAAACCAGACUCCUGGUGAGGGCACCAAGUUAGAAGAAGAUAUCCAAAAAGUUAUUGAUCAAAUCCACUCUCUAUCUAAUGGAGAUACACGCAGCUUCAGCUCCUCUACCACCAGAGCCGGUUUUGACUUAAACACAUAUUAUGGUGCCCUGAUGAACUUGUACAAUAUUUUUCAGCCACUGCUGAGAGAAAACUUCUUAGAUGAUCUUCCCAAAAUAACAAUUUGCAUUCUGUCCGGGAGACAGGACUGUGGACUGGAGGCAGAGCUGACAAAGACGGUGUCUCUGGAGUUAGCGAAACCACUGCUGACUUUUUUGACAACUCUGAGGUCGCAGACAUGCUCUUCACUGACCACUGAUGAAGAGUCAGGCAGCUUCUUCAGGACCUACCUCAGGAUGGGGGAUUCAGCAGCGUUAAGUGGUUUCCAAGAAACAUUUAUAAAUAUACUGUCGAGUCUCUCUCUCUCUAAAAACUUAAUAAAUGUGUUAGGUGGACUCAUAGAUGCAACAGUAACAUACGCCUUAAGGUUUGCGGCAUUAUUUAUCCAAGUACCAAUGGACUACACCAGAAUAGCUUUACAGUUUGGAAUAAAAGUCCCAGUUUUAGAUGAAAAGGAGACCUGUCAACAAGGAGACCUCCAGCAGCUCAUUAUGUGGGGAAUUAAGAACAAUGUGAGCUGGUCUUUGAGUACAUCACUGAUCGAUAUCCUCCUGGACAUCUUCCUCCCUCAAGAUCAGUCAGCAUUUAUGCAUCCAGGACCUGAAUGCCAGACUCCUCCCAGUGCUCCCUCCCAACGCAGCAUUUCAUAUGCUGAAAACAGCACUAUGAAUUAUUACGACACCCUGUGUGAUAGCUACAAUCUGGCCACCAUCAACGACACAAUGUGUGCUGAGAUCCUCUCAAAUUCAGGAGUAGAGUCUUCCACGCAUGUGGUCACGUUUUGCGAGGCUCUAAGCUCCCUCAGCUCCAACCAAAUGAAGAAUGUGUGGAGCAACAUGUGUUAUGUUAUUCAAACACUGGCUUCUCCACUUGUUAGCAGGUCAUCUGACUGCAGUUUUGACAACGCAAGGCCGGCCCCUGCCACUACCCCUCUCACUAAACCUCGUCGAGUUGCCAGGGAAGCCUCCAACCUCAGACAACUUGCGUGCAACUAUAACGACUGGUUGCAAAAUAAUGUGGACCCUGUCCUUGUGUCACUGUGCAGUGACAAUGAACGUGUGGAGUUUGUGAAGCAGGUCUGUAGCGAUGCUGUAUUGAUGCGGAAGCUGCUAUCUGAAAAGAUGAACAGCUGGUUGUACGGAUACUGCGCUAACUCCUCUGCAGACUACAUGGUCAGUGAGUUCUGCCAGUAUGACCAGUGGCUUGACAAGUUCACAAACAUGGUGGAUACCUCCCUGCUGGCGUUCUGCAUGAGCCUCGACAGUGUCAGACUGACCAACCUCAUCUGUGAGAACACUGGCUUCUUUAUGUUUGUAAUGUCUAACCCUGAACAUUUUCAGUUCAUGCCUAACUGCACAAACGUACCUCCUCCACUGCCAAUCCCUGGCUUGGAUACGCAGUUAGAUUUUUGUCACUACUCUGAAUGGCAUGAGGUGGAAAUUACCAAUGAGCUUUUGACAAUGUGCAUCCUUUUCGACCAGAGCGGUUUCACUAAAAAGGUUUGCUCUAAUGCAACAUUUUUGGAUAACCUUCUUCUUAGCGCACAAAAUACCUGGCUUGAGGAACACUGCCGCACCUCUCUUAGCUUUCCACACCCCGAGCCUACAGAGGCCUUCAACAUUGGAAUGUGGUGUGACUACAAUACGUGGGGAGAACGACAGGUGGACGAUUCUGUGAUCGGACUUUGUUGGCAGAAUGAUCAGAGUGCUUUUCAGAAGAGUGUCUGCUGCAAGCAGUCUGUGUUGGAAAAGCUGCUGCAAAAUCCUCUGAACAAAUGGCUUAUAUCAGUCUGCACAGACAUGGAGGAAAUAACCGUACCACCUCAGGUGUGCAAGUACUCUGACUGGACGCGUCCCAUCAUUGUGGACAUGACUGAGGUGGCUCUCUGUGCUGAGAUGGACCAACUUAACUUUACCUCCAGAGUCUGUGCCAAUAAUACAGUCCUACAAAACCUGUUGGCCAAUCAGGACAACACCUGGCUAAUACAGCACUGUGCCAACUACUCAAAAGACCCAGGGACAUCUUCUAAUAAAAGUGUGGAAGGCGUAACUAAACAGUGUCAAUACUCCAGCUGGAUCACAUCUCCACCAGAUGCUGCACUCCUGGCUCUAUGCUGGGAGAAUGAUCAGACCAAUUUUUUCUUAUCCAUUUGCCCUAAUGACGGUCUUCUCCUGUUUCUGUCCCGUGAGCCGUGGAGCCAGUGGGUGAACAGGAUGUGUACCACCUACACCACCUAUACCAAUGCCACCACCACCAACAACAAUAGCAACAACAACACUAGCACCACUACGGACCCUAAUUUUUGCCUAGCAAGAAAUCUGGUGAAGGAGUUCAACUGGAGCUGCCCUACCAUCUUCGCUUCAGCCUGUCAGCCGUGUGCCACUCAGAAUAUGGUCCUGCAGACAGUAGUGCGCUGUUGGGUGGACAGUGUGCGGUCCAAGAUGGUGGAUCUGCUGACUCCACCUGUGGCUAGAGCAUUGGAGCAAGCAGUCAGCACCACUGUGGUUGUCCUGUUAUCCCUGGAGGAGGUUCAGAUCACCCAGUGGCAUGUCACUGAGACAAUACGACCAAGUGUGCUAAAAUCUGUGAUCAACUAUUUCAAGUUGGAGGGCAACUCUGACAACAAGAGAGUCUUGCUACAGUGUUUUGGGACGGUGCUAAGCAGACUGCUGCAGACGGGAAGAAACCUGCAGAACACUGACGAAAUGCUUCUCAUUAAGGCGUACUUCAAUUUAUCGCCGAGCAGCCUGAGGCCAGUGCUCAAAGAAGCUCACAAUCAUACCAUCAGACUCAUCCUUCAGUACUACGCCAGUGUCAAAGACACACUGCAGUUGCCCAAUGAGUACCUGUCCACCAUGGUGUCAGAGAUACUGCAGACUCACCUGGUAAAAGAUGUUACUCUUUUCCCUGAGCUCGCUCCAAUGCUGACUAAAGCCAGCCCAGCUGACAUCCAAGCUUUGCCUCCCUGGCAGAACAACAUCAAUGUUCGGGACAAAAUUAAUGAAAUCUUAAAGAGCAUGACCCCGGACCAGCAGCAGGCCUUUGGAUUGUGGUACAGCAAAGCAUUGUCCCCUUCCAGCAUCACCAGAGGUCAACAGUCGCUCAUCAAGGACACAGGAAACCUGAUCGCCUACCUGCCCUUCCAGAACUUCCAACACCUCUCAGCUGCUCAGCUGCUUGAUGGGCUGGAUGUGUUGCAGAGAAACACCCUCACUCCACUAAAGCAGGAAUUUGUAGCACGCAACCUCAUCAGCACCUACAGGAACCUAACAGCUCAGGACUUUUCCAGGCUGGGUAGUAUCGCAUGCCUGGCAGACCCAGAUGAUCUCUAUGUUUAUAAAGGCACCGAGGCUUUCAGUGUGAUCCGGGAGAGUAUUAUGAGCUGCACACGUAAAGGACUCCGUUUGCCAAGUGACCUGGUUUUCAAUAUUUUACUGAACACCACCGAGCUGCAGGUCCCGUCUGCAGUCCCUGCUGAGCGCCUGGCAGAGAUCGCGCUCCUCCUGCCCUCGCUGGGCGUGACUUUCCUGCAGGGUCUCUCCACGUCUCAGCUGCUUUCUGUCCUCCCCACCCUGAACUCUAUUCCAUUCAGUCCUGCACAGGCAGCUGUAAUAGUAGACAAGCUGUCUUCAGUCAAUGGAUUUAUCCCAGACCGGCUGGGGGAGCUCGGCUCUCUCAUUGUAGGAGUGAAGACAGAGACCUUGCUGAUGCUUACAUCCGAUAAACUGCUCUCAACCCUUGUUGCUAUAUCGCAACACACACAAGGUCUCUGUCUGCUUGACAGAAAAGGCCUCCUCCUCCCUCCACAAGCCAAUGCUAUAGCCACCAAACUAUGGGGCUUCCCAGAGGUGGUCACCUGGUUGAACGAUGUAGCUCCUUUGCUCGGCUGCACACCACUAAUCAGUGUUCUUCCAAGGAAACGUCUACUUGUGAACAGCCUCUCCAAUACAUCUACAAAACCCUGGAACACGCAGCAGGCUAGAGGAAUUUUCAGAGAGGUUCUUGAUACUAAUCCAAAUCUGAUCAAACAACAUUUCUUGAGUCUGGGAACGCUGGGGCAGGGUGUGAGCUGUGCUGUCUUAAGAGAUCGUUUUCAGGCAAAUCGGUCACCUUCUUCAGCGAGAAGCAUCCUGGCCUUGCUCAGGCAGCAGCCUGGUCUUCUUCACACCUCACUGAAAAACUGUAUAAUCGAGGUGCUCUAUCAGUUUGAGUUCUUCUUUGAACUGCUUGAAGAUCUUGGAGUUGAAAUUGCACUUUCAAUGCCGGUGAGUGCCAUAAAAAGGUUUUCCACAGAUAUGAUGAACAGUCUCAGGAGGAUGAUUAUAGCAGGACCGCAUCACUUUCUCCUGCUGUCCCGAACAAAGCAGCUGCUGCUGGUUGAUAAAAUGGCGCAGAGGUUGGACAUGUAUACAGGCGUGUUCACGGAGGAGGAGUUCCGUUUGCUUGACAUCAUGGCACCAUUUGUGGUAGAUGAGGUUUUUAUUCAGGUGGACCGCAGGUUCUUCAUUCAAAAUCUGGAUUUCCUCCAUGGGCUCUGCUACAGCAGCACCAAGAUGGAAAUCGUGGCUCGUAUUCUCCAAGAGCCUGCUGCCUUUGGCCCAGUGGAGAACUGGGACCAGACAACACUCAGUCAGGUGGACCGCUUUCUCUUCUUCCUGCCUCAAGACAAACUGCAGCAGAUUUCCCUGGCAUUGAUGACUGUGGAGCAAAUAGAGAAGCUGUUCAUGAGCCACCAUCUGUGGGAACGUGGGGACAUCGGGAUGCUGUGUUCAGAUGAGACUGAGAGGAAGACCAUUUUUGAAAGGCAGCAGUUUGUUCUGCAGUUUUUCCUGGGCUUCCUUAAACUAAAUUCUCAGUCAUUGACUCCAGUGGUUCCUACUUGUGAGAUUCUGCAUACAACAGCCCCCUCCGUUUGGCUCUCCAGCAGUUUGACUAGCAUGCCUUCAUCUGCCUUCUCCAACUGUCUGGAGCUGAUGGGUCACGACCCGUUUCUUGCAUCCUACCAACGCACUGAAGUGCUCAGGAAAGUCAAGCAGAUAUAUGGCCCAGUCUCAUCCUUCUCCCAGGCUGUGAUCUCUCAGCUCGGUGUAAUAGCGACACAGCUAUCAUUAGACGAGCUGAAUGCCAUUCGACUGACUGAGCGGAGAAGCAUUGCCGCUCUGGGCACAGUCAGUGACUGGAAUAGCAGACAGCUGGCCACACUGUUUUCCACCGUGUUAAACUCCACCAAGCAGAAUCCGAGCCAGCUUGACUCCAGCACUCUGGUGGCAAUGGGAUACAUUGUGUGUGGCGCUAAAACCACAGAGCUGAGGUCUUUCAAUCCUAUAGAGCUCAGUAAGGCGGUUCUCAGGCUGGGUCGGCUGAGGCUGUCUUGCUCAGAGGAGCAGCUGCAAGCUCUUGUUGAACUGCUAACCCACAGCCUCGUUUUUGGACUCAUGAGUUCCUGGGGCACCGAUGUGUUCAUUGAGAUCGGAGUCCUGGCAGUGGGUAUCCCAGACAUGGCCAUGUCAGCGCUGGUAAAAGAGCAAAUUGAGGGAAUCGCACCUUUGGCUAUCUCAAUGAUGGCACCAAAAAAGUUUGCUGUGGUAUUCUCCCAGGAAAAGAUCGCCAUGUUCUCCUACGAGCAGGCUGUUGCAGUAACUGAUAACCAGCGCUCUGUUCUGUCAGACCUCCAGAAAACAGCUCUAGCUAUGGUGCUGACACCCUGGGACGAUAAGCUUGUAGACUUCAGAGGGAGGUCACUGGGGUUGGCGUUGAGCCACAGCCCCCUGUGUCUCUUAUUGGGACUGCUGAUGCUGCUGACCGUCCUGCUCUGCCCUGACACAUGACCUCGUUCACCCCAGCCGAAUCAGGAGACCCCCUCAUCCACAUGAUGAUUGUCUUUCUGCGCAAUGCUGUAUUUCUUUGAAAUAAACAGCAUUUAAAGCUUUCC